UCGUUCUUUGUCAACCGCUGAUAAAGACCAAGAAGAAGAAGAACAAACACAAGGGAAAAGUACGGGAACCUGGAGUUGAGCUGAGCAAUAGCAUCCGAGUAAAAAAAAUUUUGUUUUGAAUGAAGAUGGACUCUGAGGCUGUGGAGAUAGACGGCAGCGUGAUGGAAGGAGGCGGACAGAUCCUGAGAGUCUCGGCGGCGCUCAGUUGCAUCAUCGGGUCCUCCAUCAAAAUCACUAAAAUCCGAGCCGGCAGAAGCACGCCGGGUCUGAGACCACAGCACCUGACCGGCCUGCAGCUGGUCUCAGAUCUGUGUUCUGGCAGUCUUCAAGGAGCCAGCAUUGGCUCCACUGACAUCAGUCUGACUCCUGGUAAAACCCGGGCUGGGAACUACACGGCUGACACGCAGACUGCAGGGAGUGUGUGUCUCCUGCUGCAGGUUGCUCUGCCUUGUGCUCUUUAUGCCGAUGCUGCCUCACAGCUCUGUCUGAAGGGAGGAACCAACGCAGAGAUGGCUCCUCAGAUUGACUACACUAUCAAGGUAUUCAAACCCAUUGUGGAGAAGUUUGGAGUCCAUUUUGACUGUGACAUCAGAAUGAGGGGUUUCUACCCUAAAGGUGGAGGUGAGGUCAUGGUGACGGUGAAUCCAGUCAAAGAGCUGACGCCUGUCACAAUGACUGAGAGAGGAAACAUCACAAAGAUCUAUGGUAGAGCUUAUGUUGCUGGAGUUCUACCUUUCAAAUUGGCUAAAGACAUGUCAGCUGCUGCUGUUCGAACCAUCAGGAAGGAAAUCAAAGAACUUUACAUCAACAUCCAGCCACAGCAAGAGAAGGAAAAGGCCUGCGGGAAUGGAAAUGGAAUAUUAAUCAUUGCCGAGUCCUCUACAGGUUGCAUAUUUGCUGGUUCAGCACUGGGAAAGAAAGGUGUGUAUGCAGAUAAAGUGGGUAUUGAAGCUGCUGAGAUGUUGCUGAAAAACAUCAGACACAAUGGCUGCGUGGACGAAUUCCUGCAGGACCAGCUCAUUAUCUUCAUGGCGCUGGCAAAGGGAACGUCUCGGAUUCGAACCGGUGCUGUGACACUACACACACAGACAGCAAUUCACAUCGCAGAGCAGCUGACUCAGGCAAAGUUCACAAUAACAAAGUGCGAAGACGAGCUGAGCAGAAACAUCACCUACAUCAUCGAAUGUCAAGGAUCAGGAGCGGUGAACCCCAACCUGUAGCAGAACACGCUGUGCACACACUGACCCCACGCUCGGUAGCUGCUCCAAACGUGGCCGACCCUCUUAGUUUCUGUCUCUCAGGGUUUUUUCCAGAAAUACUGUAAUAAAUAAAUCUCCUCCUUGUGUUCACAUG